CGCAAAAGAGGCGGAAGUCUCUGAUUUUAAAGAACUAACCAAUCAGAACGCGGGGCGGCCUGUUACUGCGACCAAUGACAGCGACAGCAGUGGCCUGAGGGAAAGAGCGCGCCAGGAUUGGCUUUUAGCUGGCCAAUCAGCGCUUACAGUGGAGAAGAGGGUGCUGCGAGCAGGGGGACUCCGAGCAGCAACGAGAAUGGGUGAAGUGGAGAUCUCGGCCCGGGCCUAUGUCAAGAUGUGCCUGCACGCCGCACGGUACCCCCAUGCUGCGGUGAAUGGGCUGCUCUUGGCCCCCAGGCGGCAGACGAAGGCUGGGCAGCCCGAGUGCCUCUGGGUCACGGACUGCAUCCCCCUCUUCCACACCAAUUUGUCGCUCACUGUCAUGCUGGAGGUAGCCCUGAACCAGGUUGACAUUUGGAGUGCCGGGUCAGAUCUGUUCCUUGCCGGGUAUUACCAGGCCAACGCUGGAAUUGACGACAAAAGCCCGCCUCCCCUUGCCCAGAAGACUGCCGGACGCGUUGCCGAACUGUACGACGAUGCCGUGCUUAUCAUGGUGGACAACCGCAAGUUCAUGAUAAAUGCUCGUCUCCCUCCCAUCACUGUGUUGGAGCAGAAAGAUCGGCAGUGGGUCCCCAAAGACAAGAACCUGGUGAUGUGGAGCGACUGGGAGUCGGCUCGCCACACCUGCAAAUGUCUCUUAGAAGCCAAAGCCUACUCCCAAUUGGUCGACUUCGACAUCCACCUGGAUGACAUCAGAGAAGACUGGACCAACCAGCGGCUGAACACAGAGAUCGCCCAGUUGGUGUCAGUGGCCAAUGGCAGCCCGUGAAGAAGUGCAUUUGGCCAGCAGGGGGAAGCAAGGAGAGGGGGGAAUCAACUUUCGGGGUGCCUGGUUGCUCCCCACCCAGCACAUUCUUUAUUACGGCCGAAGAAACUGUGGAUUUGUAGUGGGUGACAUUUUUUAUUCUGGUUUCCCCCCUGCAGAAGAGGCUUGCCCCAGAUAUUAGUGAAUGCAAAAAAGGGACCGGCCGACCCAAUUUUUGCUGCACUGAUCAUUAAAGGAAAGACGCUGCUCCAGAGACAGCUGUAUGUUUUCGUUUGUUUGCACCUCUUGUGAUGAAAUGGAAUUCAACAUUUGCUCUGCAUUUCUUUAGUUUUGUAACUUAAUUAAAUUUCAAAACUCUUACCAAA